CGUCACCGGCGGCUGCAGCGGAAGCUGCUCCUCACAGGGCUUUUAUUGUGAAACUCCGGGAGAGGAAGAACCCUUUGGGCGCAUGCGUAGAAGAAGCAGGUUUGCAGCAGCGGCUCUCCUGAGGCGCGGACCGAGCCGGAGCACGGUGUAGUAUCCCCCCGCUCAGUACUCGGGUUACUGCAGUAGUCAUGUGUACUCUUGAGUAUCUGAAGGACUUUAUCCAGCGGAGGCUGACGGCAGCCGCGGAGGAAAUCUUCAGCGAGGUGGAGAAAACCUUCGUGCAGUACGAGGAGGAGCUCGACCGUCACCGGCGGCUGCAGCGGAAGCUGCUCCUCACAGACCUCCCACAGCAACGGGAAAAUGGAGAGGAGGAGAUUCUUACUGACCAGGAGAGACCCUCAGGUGUGGACCAGGAUGAACCACAGCAACCACGGAUUAAAGAGGAACAGGAGGAACUCUGCACCAGUCAGGAGAACCCCCAACCUCCACAGAUAAAAGAGGAGGAGGAAGAAGUUAGCACCAGUCCAGAGGAGCCAGAAUCUUCACAGAUUAAAGAAGAAGGGAAGGAACCCUGCACCAGUCAGGACGGAGAGCAGGUCGUGCUGAAGGAGGAGACUGAUACCUUUACGGUGACUCCUGUUCACGAGGAAGAUGGCUGCAAUGAAGCAGGACCAAACAAUGUUCUGCUCUCUCCUCUGAGCCCUCCUGACGCUGAGAAUGGGAAGAAGUACUACCGUAUUUACACAAUGAAAUAUCUUGAAAGAAUUCAGACAGUUGACAAAAGAUACUGUUGCAAAAUAUGUGGGAAAGGUUUCGCUCACAGGUGUAAUUUGGUGGACCACAUGAGAAUUCACACUGGUGAAAAGCCAUACACAUGUGAAACAUGCGGGAAAAGUUUCAACAGAGUUGGUAAUUUUAAUGCCCACAUGAGAAACCACACGGGUAAGAAGCCCUAUGCUUGUGAAACGUGUGGGAAAGGUUUUAAUCAUCGAUGCAAUUUGGUGGACCACGUGAGAAUUCACACAGGAGAGAAACCAUACACAUGUGAAACAUGUGGGAAAAGUUUCAAUCGAGUUGGUAAUUUUAAUGCCCACAUGAGAACUCAUGCAAGUAAGAAGAUGUUUUCUUGUGAAACCUGCGGGAAAGGUUUCAAUAGAAGGGGCCACUUUAAUACCCACCUGAAAACACACACAGGUGAGAAACCUUAUCCCUGUUACACGUGUGGGAAAACAUUUAUAAAUGCAUCAAGGCUCAAAUUUCACAUGAUAAUUCACACCGGUAAGAAACCCUAUUCUUGUGAAACAUGUGGGAAGCGUUUCAUUCGAAAAGUGCACUUAACCACCCACGUGAGAAUUCACACCGGUGAGAAACCUUAUCCCUGCGAGGUAUGUGAGAAAAGAUUUAUUGACGCGUCAACGUUGAAGUGUCACAUGAGAACUCACACAGGUGAAAAACCGUAUGUUUGUAACAUCUGUGGGAAAGCAUUUUCUGUCUUAUCGACCUUUAAAAGUCACACCUCGGUUCAUACAGGUGAGAAACCGUAUUCCUGUGAAAUAUGUGGGAAAACAUUCAGUCGCAGUGGUCACUUGACUGUACACGUAAGAACUCACACGGGUGAGAAGCCAUACUCGUGUAAAACAUGUGACAAAACUUUCAGUCAAAGGCAUCAUUUGACUUCCCACAUGAGAUCUCACACAGGUGAGAAGCGGUAUUCUUGCCAAAUGUGUGAGAAAAGCUUUGUUCAAAGCAGUCAUUUGUGGCGCCACAUGCGAACUCACACAGGCGAGACAUCGUCGUCCUGAAACAUCUCUGUGGGAUUAUCUUCAAGUGACGCUGAGGAAAAUAAGAGGUUAACAGAGUAACUUUCAGAUCUCAGAGCUCUGUAGUUUAUUGCAUGUGACAAAGUACUCGAUGGAUCAAAUGAAUCAUGAUUUGAUCUUUCAGAGCCGACAGUGAGGCUGUCAGAUUUGUCCGGUCUGUAAGUUUUGAUUUUUACAGAAACACGUUGCAUAUUUUGAAAAAUGCUGCCUUUCGUCUCCUGUUUUGUUCACUUUUGUGCUGUUCUCAUGCUGUAAACAUGAGAAAAAGAAGUUAAUGUUACAACAUGUUAAGGCUUUUACUUUUUCUUAUCUCUCUUCUUUUUCUCGUCACCCCCCCAUGGCAGUUGUGCAGGCUACCCCUCGCUGGGCCUGGUCCUGUUGGAGGUUUCUUCCUGUUAGAAGGAAGUUCUUCCUCCCCACAGUGCUCCAUGUGUCUGAUUGGUUCUCUUCAAGAGUGUAGUUAAGGCUACUGUUAUAGAGAUAAUCAUAGUCACAAUUACUUAGAUCAUUAUUGGCCAGUUAUUGAACUUAAAAUGUCUUUUUACUGACUGUAUACACACACACACACACA